AUCAUCACUCAACUGGGCCCCACGCUACUUUCUCUCUACUCAGCUCACUCUUGGGACUUGAUCUCUCCCUAUAUAACAUCAUGUCCCGUUACAUUUUUUUUGCCUUAUACUAAUUUGUUUGUAGACAGAGAAAAGAGAGAGAGAGAGAGAGAUGGGUAGAGCUCCUUGUUGUGAGAAAGUUGGAUUGAAGAAAGGGAGGUGGACUUCAGAGGAGGAUGAGAUCUUGACCAAGUAUAUUCAGUCUAAUGGAGAAGGGUGUUGGAGAUCACUACCCAAAAAUGCAGGGUUACUGAGGUGUGGAAAGAGUUGUAGAUUGAGAUGGAUAAACUAUUUGAGAGCUGACUUGAAGAGAGGGAACAUCUCUUCUGAGGAGGAAGAUAUCAUCAUCAAGCUGCAUUCUACAUUAGGCAACAGGUGGUCCUUGAUAGCUAGUCACUUGCCAGGAAGAACAGAUAAUGAGAUAAAGAACUAUUGGAACUCUCACUUGAGCAGAAAAAUUCACACAUUCAGAAGAUGUAAUAAUACUACUACUCAUCAUCAUCAUCUACCAAAUCUCGUGACUGUAACCAAAGUAAACCUUCCAAUUCCAAAGCGAAAAGGUGGUCGAACCAGUCGUUUAGCCAUGAAGAAGAACAAAUCAUCAACUAGCAAUCAGAACAGUAGCGUUAUCAAAAACGACGUCGGAUCAUCAUCAUCAACAACAACAACAUCAGUUCAUCAAAGGACUACGACUACUACUCCAACUAUGGAUGAUCAGCAGAAACGACAAUUAAGUCGUUGUCGUUUAGAAGAAAAAGAAGAUCAAGAUGGAGCUUCUACUGGGACAGUAGUAAUGAUGCUAGGGCAAGCUGCUGCUGUAGCAGGCUCAUCAUGUGACGAGGACAUGUUAGGUCAUGACCAGUUGUCGUUUUUGUGUUGUAGUGAGGAAAAAACGACAGAAAAUUCAAUGACGAACUUAAAGGAAAAUGGUGAUCACGAAGUUUCAGGACCAUAUGAUUAUGAUCAUCGUUAUGAAAAAGAAACAUCCGUUGAUGAAGGCAUGUUGUUGUGCUUUAAUGACAUAAUAGACAGCAACUUACUAAAUCCAAAUGAGGUCUUGACUUUAAGCGAGGAGAGCCUUAAUUUAGGUGGGGCUCUCAUGGACACGACUACUUCUACUACUACUAAUAAUAAUAAUUAUAGCUUGAGCUACAAUAAUAAUGGAGAUUGUGUUAUUAGUGAUGAUCAUGAUCAGUACUGGCUAGACGACGUCGUUGGAGUCGAUUUUUGGAGUUGGGAGAGUUCUACUACUGUCACCCAAGAACAAGAACAAGAACAAGAACAAGAACAAGAACAUCAUCAUCAACAAGAUCAGAAGAAGAAUACGUGGGAUAAUGAAAAAGAAAAAAUGUUAGCUUUGUUGUGGGAUAGUGAUAACAGCAACUGGGAGUUACAAGAUAAUAAUAAUUAUCACAAAUGUCAAGAGAUCACCUCUGAUAAAGAAAAUGCUAUGGUUGCCUGGCUUCUUUCGUGAUGAUUAGAUGAGAUGAGAUCAUCAAAUUUAGUUGUCAUUAAUAUAUAUUUAUAUAUAAUAAAAUGGUCUCUCCUUAAUCAAAAAAAAAAAAAAAAAGAAGAAGAAGGAAAGAUCAAUUAGAUGAGAGAGUAGAUUGAUAGAGUUCAAAGUCUUGUUCUUAGGGAAGGAAAAUAAAAAACAAUAAAGUUUUGUGGUCAAUCUGUUAAUUAGCUAUUGGGUUUUUUUUUUCUUUCCAAUUUGCUUCGUAGUUGUAAUUUUGGGGCCCUGUGGGGUCACUCACAUAAAGUCUGAUUUGUAUGCUCACAAGUCACAACUCAUGAAUUAAUGCUGUAUACUGUAUAUAGGGUCCUAUAUAUAUGUUUUAUGAAUAUUCCUUUAUACUAUUA